AUGGCCUUCUCCAACUCUUCCAUCCUCGCCGUCGUCGAGCUCAUCUGCUAUGCCGUGCUCAUCCCCUUCUCUCUCUACGUCGGAUUCCGUCACGGAAAGAAGGCCAUCCUCGGCUACCUGUACCUCAAUAUCCUGUGCACCCUGCGCGUCGUCGCCGACAUCAUCCAGCUGGCCAGCGGCACCAAUCCAAACGCGAAGCCCUCCCUCGCAGCAACAAUCGUCAGCUCCGUCGGUCUGUCGCCCCUGCUCCUCGGCCUAGCCGGCUUCCUGCACGAAAUCCACAUCUACGUGGUCAUGGCUACGGCGUCGUCGCGCACGAGCUUCAAGAAGGCGAACCGCUGGAUGUGGUUCGCGCAGUUCCAGAUCCACGGCACGUGUGUCGUCGGCGUGAUCCUCGUUAUCAUCGGCACGGUCGAGCUGUAUUCUGCGUCGUCCACCUCUCAACUCCACACCGAUGACAGCCUUCGAUCCGCCGGCGCCGUGAUCUUGGUCGUCCUGUGGGGUCUGCUGCUCAACUACGCCAUAUACCUGUUGCGCCGGUGUCGCCAGCUCGAAGGACAGCUCGUCAGAGGCCUCUCGGACUACAUCUACUGGACACAGAUCGCCGCAGUCUUCAUCGGGGUCAAGAUGGUGUAUGUCGUGGUGUACACCUUCGACCACAACGACGCGUCGCUCAGCCCUGUCACCGGCUCCUUCGCCAUUAAAGUCAUCUUCACUUUCUUGACGUCGUUUUUGGCUGCCUUGAGCUUUACCAUUGGCGGCUGGCGAAGCCUCCAUAUCGCCGUCGCUGCGCCGAAAUUCGCCGUCGUCGAUCGGUAUGAUGCUCCCCACGAAGUCCGCACAGUGCAGAUGAAUCGCAAGUGA